AUGAUGAAGCCGCCGAUUGCCCAUCAGGGUUCGCUGGCAGGCGCGAAGCAGGAGGAUGCUGAUGAGGACACCUUACCAGGGGUUGCGACCUCCGAACAGAUCGGCGACGUGCUGCUGGACUUUGGGGUGGACACGAUGCCUGCCUGCUCUGCCUUGCUUCGUCUGGCCUCGCCGGUGUUCAACCGCAUGCUUGCGAGUGGCAUGAAGGAGGCGCAGCAAAGCAUCAUUAAGGUGGAGGUGGCGAACAAGACGGAGUUUGAGACAUUCUAUGCCUUGCUCGGACCCGCCGCAUGGGGUGCCCAUAAGGUGACGGAGGCAAAUGUUGAUGGGCUGCUUGCGAUUGGUGGCUAUUAUCAGGUGGGCUUCCUGUUGCAGGCCUGUGAGAACCUCCUGCUGCAGCUUCCGGUCACGGGCGACCGACUCGUUCAAGCUUCCAAGCAUGGCCUCAAGAAGCAGCAGGAAAGAUGUAUCUAUGAACUGGCCAGGGACUGCAAGAAGCAGGAUUUGAUUGCCCUCCACCGCUCAGACGCAGACAUGCUCCUUCAGGUGGCCAUGAAGAAGCAAGACCUUUUUAGCACCUUUGUGGGCAACAUCCGGGAAUUCGGGAGCAGCCCCGUCGCGGGCGUCAUCACCGCCGCGCCCUUCAGGCCAAUGUCGAUGGGAGGCAGGCCGGCCGGCAGCAUGUAUUGGGGCGGAGACAACACUGAAUUUCCACCGCCAAUCUAG